GUGACCCAGUUUCAGACGCUUUGUUCGGGGGAACCGCCUGCAUCAGUUUUGUACCUUUAAUCAAAGAGGUCAGUUCAAUUAUUUAGAAUGAAACUAUUUAGAAUGUCAGUAUUUUGUAUUUAAGUGAACUUCAAUGCAUUUGGGGAAAGCAAGUGGGGACAUUUUAGUGAUUCUGUCACGACACAAAUGAUGUGUCGGUAAUGAGGCGCAUGAGCAGAUACUCACAUCAACCGUGAGUUCGAAACUCGUCCGCUGGAAUUAGCCUACUGCAGUCAGUGGCAGCGUGAGUUCUACCGAAACUCUCCGCUUCCUUAGUGGACGCCUGAUACUGGCUCUCGUUACCAAUGAGACACAUUUAACUGUCUUGGCAUCUUGUUGGAGUUGGAUAAGAAAUGACGGGUCCCUAGCGACGCUAAGGGUGGCCUGAAUCUCAACCAAAGAGGAAUAACAACUGAAGACAACAUCCGAAGUUGGCAUGAAGCAUCGCGCUUCGUAACGCAUUCAAUCUAAGGAGAUUUAUGUCCAGGAUUAUUGCUCAGAUUCUCCAAAACAUCUCCCGUAUGACUAUAUCUUAAAUAGAAGAUCCGCCUGGUUCAGUUGAAGUGUUUGUGUCAUGAUGAGCUCCAGGCGCACGUUGUUUUCAGCAGGUUGGGAGUCGGUGGUGCUGUCCAGCGUCCUGCUUCUUCACAUCUCUCCUUUGUGUGUUAAUGGCAGUUCGUUUAUCUCCAAUUCUACUGGGACUAACUCCUCAGACCUGAAUGGGAUGGGGCUUAAGCCUGCACUUCCUGGUGAGGUCACACCUAUUGCCAGAGCCCACGUUCACUCUCGGAAACCACGAGCUGGAGAAGAGUCAGGGAGCGGUGGAGAAACCUCAACCAGUGCUGUGACGGACAGCAGUGUUGAUUCAGCCGAAAGCGAACACGUCAUUGAUUUGACGAUAGAUGGCAUGGCUGCCCGGCUGCCCACGCUGGCUGAACCCCGGACACGUGGCCUGUCCCAGCUAGACUUUAACGAGGAGAGAAUUGAGGACAGCGCUCCACGCUGGAAGAGCGAGAGACUACAAGCAGAUGGGACGUUUUUAGAGUCCACCCCUUCCCAACCAGAAGAAGUUAUCACAGUGAAUUUUUACAAUCCAUCUUACCAACAGCAUGUUCUUGAUCCUCCUGCUUGGGUUCAGGAGCUCCAGGGUGGAGAUCCAACCUCCUGGACGCUUUCUGAUUUUUAUGAUUAUCUGUCACCUGACUAUUCACCCACUGAAGUUUAUCUAGAGGAGAGCCAACCAAUGCCACCUGACAUGGAAGAUGAAAAUGUUCAUCUCAUAGCCAGCGCAGUUCCUUCCAACACUAGAGUUAUUACACCUGAUGAUGGAUCUGGAGUAUCUUCACUUGGAGCAUCGAAUGGGCUCAACUCUGGCUGUCUCUAUGGUUUUGUGCAUUACAAUGGCACAUGUAUCUCGUCAUGCGACAUCUUCCCCAGUUACUGCUUCAAUGGAGGACAGUGUUAUGUGGUUGACGGUAUUGGUGCUUUUUGCCGGUGUAACAUUCAGGAGUAUAUCUGGAACAAAGGCUCCAGGUGCGAGUCGGUCAUUUCUAACUUCCAAGUGAUGUGUAUAGCAGUGGGUGGAGCUGCCAUCAUGUUGUUACUCCUCUUCAUGCUUAUAGUCUUUUUCUCCAAGAGGAUGCACGUGCUUAAGACUGAAAACAGACGACUUCGCAAGCACAGUAAGUUCCGUCCAAAGUCGGAGCAGCAUAUCGAUAACUUCUCGCUGUCCACUGUCGCAGAGGGCUCUCAGGCAAAUGUAAGGAAACUCUGUGACACCCCGACUAACCUCCCCCACGCCCGUGCUUUGGCUUACUAUGAUAACAUUAUGUGUCAGAAAACCAUGAGCAGAUACACGUGGGAAUAUAAACCCAAAGAGGAUCCCUACAGCGAGGAUUGCACUUGCAAAGAAGAGCCAUGCAAAUGUCCCCCUAAAGAGGACGAGUCUUUGAACAACCAGAACUCGCUCACGUCAAAACUGGAAAACGACGAGGCUGCAACAGAAGACAAUGCGGAGGAGGGUGGUGUGACCAUCGACUUAGAGUUGCUUCUCCCCAAAGAGGCGAAAAUACUCCCAGAGACAAGCCCCCCACUGCACUACAACGUCUUUCUCUACAAGCUCCCCAAAUCCCCUAAAAAGUCCCCUGUGCUGCGCCAGCCUCCUGGCAGAUCUGUACAGGGGAGGCCUCUGUCCCAGCUCUGCCCCAGACGCAGCUCCGAACCCAGCUACAGCCCCAUUAGCACGCGUUCCCUACCGGGAGUCCUGUCCGGCUCAUCCAGCCCUCACCUGGGCACGGCCUACACACCUUAACAUGAGUAAUGUACAACAAAACAAAUGGCAAAUUUAUCCUACAUGAGACUCCACCGUGAGAAAUUUAAGACACUGAUUGGUAAUGAGUGAAAGUCUUGUGGAUGAACAAGACAUGAAUUGGGAUGCAGUUUAAAAGCAUUGGCCUUUACCGAAACAAAAUCACUCAGCAGCACAAUAAAGGUUAGUAGAUGAUAAAUGGUGAGAUGAAUUAGCAUUGUUGCGCAACAUGAGUAUAAAGGGAAAAUAAGUCGAGAAACUGUUAAUUUGGUGUUACAGACAAACAUGGAUGUCAUAUGUGUUAUGGUGCCAUGUUUUAUGUUGUAUUUUGUCAAACAGCACAUUCAUAUUCAUACACAUGCAUUCACAAAAAUGAUGGAACCUGUAAACAUUCAGGGCAAACAAACUUGAUGAUUAUUAUUAUUAACAAGGUGCUUUUUGUGUUUUUAAU